AAAAAAAAACAGAACUUGAAUGAUACGAGUGGACAACGUGGGUAUACUAUGUCUUGUGUCUCCGCUCUGCCCCUCGUUUUCUUCCUGCUUAAUCAUUAUUUCAGAAUCCGCCAUUGCCGCACCAACACCUGGUGCCUCUGCCCGGCCUCUGAAAGUACUGUCUUGCCCUUCAUCCAUUAAAUAUUUGCAUCCCCACAAAUCAAAAUCUCCGCUGAAAAUCAAUUGCUUCUUUUGGUGGUUGUACGAUGCAGGCUACCGUCCACAAUAAGCGAAAACGAAUGUCUCAGACGGUGGGAUUUGCAAGAAAACCAUCAACUCCUUAGUCCAAACCCCCCCCCCCCCCCACAAAAACUAUCACAGCAAUCUUUUUCUUCUUUUCUUUUCUUUUCUUUUUUCUGAAAUUCCUCUUAGUUUUCUCAUUUCUCUAUCACUUUCUUUAUAAAUAUCCAAGCCUGCUUCUCCUCUUCUCAUCAUCCAAAGCUUCUCGUUUUACCUUUGCCAGUGUCAUUCUACUGUUCAUGUUCUUCAAGAUGUCGAAGGCAAAUGUGUCUGCUAAUUCUCCUCUUGAGAGGACCAGCAUGGCUUCUCUUGAUCAAAAGUUGGCCUUGGCAAAACGCUGUUCUCAUGAGGGUGUGAUAGCAGGAGCCAAGGCAGCUGUGUUAGCCAGUGUUGUCACUGCCAUCCCAACUCUGGCUAGUGUAAGGAUGCUUCCUUGGGCAAGAGCAAAUCUCAAUCACACUGCUCAAGCUCUCAUAAUUUCCACAGCGGCUGGAGCUGCAUAUUUCAUUGUUGCGGACAAGACCGUCUUGAAAACUGCAAGAAAGAACUCCUUCAAGCAACCCACCAACGUCCAGGCAUGAAAUCAACUGGGUGGCUUGGGUUAUUUUGAAUCUGGUUCUUGUUCUGCAUUGUGCUACUAGAGAAAUAUCCGAAUGUAUAUCCCAUCUAAAUAUAUAUGUAUUAAUGAAAGAAGAUGGGACAUCAUUUUGAUGGAGAGAUCAAUGAUAUAUUAUAUGUAACACCAGCAGUUGUCAUCAUCACCUUAUAUGAAUGAAUGCAAAAUCAUUCAAUUUUA